AUGGUAUUAGUUUCUAGAAAUGUAUUAAAGCAAAUAUGCAAAUAUGCAAAGAUAUUGUUCCUCCACUUGUAUACUCUGCACAUGAUGCUCAAGGGUAUCAAUCGCUCGACUACUUUACUGGUCUACGGCCGUAAAAGUACGAGUACACGUCUAAGAUUCGCCAUGCGCCACGCUGAAAAAAGGAAUGCAGCCUCGAUUACUGCGGAUUGA